GGCCGGCGCCCAUUGUCGGCAUCGGCAAGGAACAGGAUCCUUCGGCAUCCUACAUGCAAGCGCACACUGAUGGAAACUAUGCUUUGGCAUGCUGCAACGUUCUUAGGGAUGACGAGGCGUCCUUUAGCAUGCCGCACCGUCCUGUAGCUUGCCGAAGCGUCUCAAUAUCGUAUUUCUCGUCAAAACAGUUUCAGAGUUGUUACAAGCUAGUUGUGUGAGUUGUAUUUAAUAUGGUGGACUGGGAUCUAGUGCUCAUAGCAGCUCUUGCUGAAGAAGAAGAGAAAUCUAAUCAAUCAAGAAGAUUUUGGGUGAACAACCUUUGGAAGCAACGAUAUACGUCCGGUGAAUUCAACAAUUUAUUCAAUGAUUUGCGUUAUGACGUGCGAAAAUUUUAUGACUACUAUAGAAUGAGUUAUGAAAAUUUUGAAAGUCUGGUUCAUUUGCUUCGACCUUUCAUGGAGAAAAAACAAUCAAAUUUUCGCACACCUAUAUCUGUUGAAGAAAGAUUGUCUGUGUGCUUGAGGUUUUUAAUCACAGGAGUCAGUUUCAAAACUUUAGCAUUCAAUUACCGAAUGGGAUUUAGUACAGUUCGUUGUAUAGUCCAUGAAACCUGCCGUGUAAUCUGGAAUAUUCUUGGCCGUAUCGUUCUGCCAAAACCAACAACAGCACAAUGGAAGAUAAUUGCUAAAGACUUUGAUGAAAUAUGGAAUUUUCCAAAUUGUAUUGGUGCCAUAGAUGGCAAGCACUUCAAGAUACGAGCUCCAAAUAAUAGUGGAAGUAUGUAUUUUAAUUAUAAAAAAUUUUUUAGUAUCGUUCUGUUGGCUGUAGCAGAUGCUAAAUACAGAUUUGUCAUUGUCGAUGUAGGUGCUUAUGGUAGAAAUAGCGACGGUGGUAUAUUAGAUCAUUCAAAAUUGGGUUUAAAAUUGCAAAACGACACCUUAAAUAUUCCUCAAAAUGUGAGCUUACGAGGAAUAACUGAAGAAUUACCCUAUGUUUUUGUUGCUGAUGAAGCAUUUCCACUAACGAAAAAUAUAAUGAGACCGUACCCUGCGAAUCAAUUGGCAAAUAUAGAGAAAAGAGUUUUUAAUUACAGACUAAGUCGAGCAAGGCGUAUUGUGGAGAGUGCUUUUGGCAUUCUUCAAUCAAGGUUUGAAAUAUUUCAGAGGAGAAUGCAAGUACAAGCAAAAUAUAUAGAUAACAUCAUUUUAGCCUGCUGUUCUUUACAUAAUUACAUCAUUAACAAUGCAACGACGGAACUUCCAAACCCACUACAGGAAAGUGACAUUUUAGAAAGUUCCGUGGAUAACAAUGUAGUUGGCGAUACCGAUAUUAUCAUGUGCGAGGGUAUGGUCAUUAGAGAUCAAUUUAAACAAUAUUUUAACUCUGAACAUGGGUCAGUUAGUUGGCAGAAUAAUAUUGUCAAUAGAUCAUAAAAUACCAACGAUCUAUAAGUCAAUGUAAUUAAUUAUAUAUUAUAUAUACUUAUACUUAUUAUAACUCAAUAAAAAAUACAAUGUUUAUGAUGCUUACUUACGU